AUGAGUUUAUUCGAUAACUACGAAAGUGAUUUCCAAUUAGCUAUUCAAGAUGCCAAAUCCAAACUUUCUUCGGUCCCAUCCAUCAAUGAUCCAGAACAAAGAAAACUGGCUUUAAGAUCUAUAGAACAUGCCACUGAUGAAUGCUUAGAAUUGAUAGAUCAAAUGAAUUUAGAAGUACAAAACUUACCUUCUAACCAAAGAUCUUCCUAUAACACCAAAAUCAGACAAUACAAAUCACAAAUCAAUGAAAGUAAGAACGAUUUAAAGAAAUUGUUAGAUGAUCAAGAUAAAUUCGAAUUAUUUGGUAACAGAUACACCGACGAUGAUGACUUACAAGAUGGUCAAAGGAAACAAUUAUUAAGUAAUAAUUCCUCAUUAGAAAGAUCUUCUGAAAGAUUAAGAGAAUCUCAAAGAAUUGCCUUGGAAACAGAGAAUAUUGGGGGAAAUAUCUUGAAUGAUUUAAGAGCUCAAAGGGAACAAAUCUCAGGUACUAGAAAUACUUUGUUAGCAGCUGAUGGGUAUGUGGACAAAUCCAUCAAAACAUUGAAGUCCAUGAGUAGGAGAUUAACUGCCAAUAAGUUCAUAAGUUAUGCCAUUAUAGCAGUGUUGAUUAUAUUGAUAUUCUUGGUGUUGGCAAGUAAAUUCACGUAG